CAACGCAAUUCAGUAGAUCCACAAAUAUCUGUGUUAUUAUCGAGGACAAAAAACUCGAGUUAAACAAACAAUAACAACAUAUUCCGCCAGUCGCUUACGCAGUUUCGCCGCGCCGAAAAAUUCGGAUAUACUUCGGCGAAACUCACGUGAGCGACUGGGCCUUUCGGGCGUUUUCAGUUUGAUUACGCAGCUUCAUGCCUAUCUGGGCCUUAAUAUCGUCGAAAGGAUCGUCCGGACUCAUCACGUUUCCAAUCAAGGCAAUGCUACUUUACUAGGAUCGUCCAAUCGGUUGUGCUUUGCAUCGUGGUCAAUGCAAAGCUUCUCGUCCUACCUCAGCUGCUUCCGCAUAUAUUCCGUGUGAGGGCUAAGCGGGCUUUCCGGGCUUCAUACUUCAAUCCCUGCAUUCACUGUCCUCCGCAUCAUUAGCGCGAUGUCUGGAAAAGACCAGCUACCACCCGCCUCUCGACGUCAGAAAGGAAAGUUUCCUGCCUACCGGCCCUUUUCUCAUGCUCCGCAGUCGUCGCAAGCUGCACCUGAAAUUCAGAUCGAUGGUCCUGAGGCAACCCAGAGCCUCGAUGAUUUGUCCACAGGAUCUCUCCCCGAGCGAUCUCUUGCGAUCGUGCCAACUGCGCCGUCUUCCCGCAGCCUUGGCGGCUCGGAGACGUCGCCACUCCGCCGCAUAAGCAAUUGGUUUGGGAAAUGGUCAAGUCCCAAUCGCCGUCACAGGUCACCUCCACCCCAUCCGGAACCGUCUGUGGCAAAGAUACGUCCUCAUCCGGCUCCUGACACCUCGCGGCUGUCUCAUCUCCACCCUGAACAGAAUGUUGACGGUAACCGUCGGUCAACGCCCAGCAUCCAAACUGCCGCCGACACCACUUCGAGUCUCCACUCACAACUAGAACGCAUGGGAUUGGAUUCAGAUGUGCCCUCAUUGUUAGAAGCGACGGCUCUGUCGCCAGCACCAGCUGGUGAUGGAAAGAAACCGGUCAUUAUUGGCACUACGAAGCUCCUUCUCCAAGUCGGCGCCUUCGCUCUCAAGGCUUCUCCCAUUCCGCUUCUGGGAGAGAUUCCCAAUUUACUCCUGAAAUUUCUUCAAGUCUACGAGGUCCAUAAAGCUUACACCACUAUCCUGCGACCGCUCCAACUGUGGACGGACAAUAUCCCUCCCGAAGUAACGGUUUUAAUCAAGGAAUUUCAUUCGGCCUUGAACGAGCAGAUGAAGAAAAUUGAGGAACUUUCGCGUCAAAAGCUUCCGAGGAGAUUACUCUCAGUGUCCGAUGUAACCCAGCACAUAGACGCUGUGAAGACUUGCAUCAGCAAGGCUGUCAUCUCAUUCUCGACGGAGGCAGCAAUUCUGACACUCCUUCACACAAUUCAGUCUUCGCCGAACUCUUAAGACUCCCACGGGUCGCUGCUGAGCACACCUAUGUUACGGCCAAGUCGGAGUGCCUUGAAGGCACUCGGGAGAAGAUACAGGCAUCUAUCAUCGAAGAUCUGAAUAAAGCAGGGAACAGAUUUGUCUGGUUGAGAGGCUCACCUGGAAUGGGGAAGACGGCGAUUUGUCUGAGCAUUGCAUCCUACUUUGAGAAACAACACACCCUAGCGGCAUCCUUCUUUUGGGAUAAGAAUCAACCGGGGACGGGGCUAGACUCUGUCAAACAGUUUCCCUCUACUCU